GCGGUGUGAGCUGCGAUCUCGUCACAGAAAACAAACCAAACAGCGGUGGCAGUGGGUUUAGCGGUUUAUUGGUCGGCUGUCGAGGCUCGCUUCCAGUCGUCGCAAUCGCAAUCGCAGUCGUAUCUGUAAGAUACAAACGUAAAGUGCUGCUUUUUUUAAUGCCGCAUUUCAUUCAUUGAUCGUUUCAAUAGCGCACCGCACGCUUAGCGCACAACACAACACAGACAAGUGCCGGGUCGCAGUUCUGGGAUCAGUUCUCAGUUCUCAAUUGUUUCGCUGUGUGGGCAACAAAACUGGCCCAAAAGCAAUAAGCCUACUCGACUCGAUCGGUAACGGAGUCAAAGCCAAGCAAGCGCUUGUUGGCUGCUGGUGCUGCCCCAACAUAGACACACUUCAGCUGAGUGGACGACAUUGACGGGAGACGGGCACAAAAACGGGCAACAACGAGACAGCGACGUUGACAAAACGCUGCUCAGUGCAUAGCGGACAGGCGCAGCAAACGGUCGCACAGAUUGUAAAGACGCAAACGCAGAAGCAGUCACAGAACGCAGAACGCGCACCUUUCUCCAACAAUCUAGAAGCAAACUAACUUAGCGGCGGGCCGUGUAUUUUUGUGCGCCAACUCGGGUUAUUGGAUACAGAUACAUAGAUACACAGCAACAACAGCAGCAGCAACAGCAGCAGAAGCAGCAGCAACAGCUACAGCGGCAUCCGCAGCGCGCGUACUCACGGAUAUUUUUAGCAGCCGGCCUCACACACUGACACACACACACAAACACACACAGAUACAUAUCGCAGGCGCAUUGCUGACACACGCGGCUCGCACGUUUUGGAAAACAAAUACUGUUCUUUGAGGCUUUCCCUCGCAUUCAGUUGCAGUGCGUAUCCAACGGAUGCUAAUCGAAUUCUCUUUUUUUGCGGCAACUAAAAACCCAAUCAACUUAUCAGCAAAAAUGACAACAAAAAACUAAAAAUAAAUCAAAUGAAAGACAAACUAAAAGCAAAAAAAAAACUAGUUUGCUGUGGAAGUUCGAGGAAAUAAAAAUAAUAAUAAAAUCCAAAAUCAAAACAAAAAAUGUAUUUUGGUUGUGUUAAUCUGCCAAGUUUAUGCAUGAGGCAAGCGUUAAUUUAAAAUAGAGUCACACAAAACAACAAAUUCUAUGACUAAUUAGCUGAUGCUGUGGAAUUUUAAUUGAAACUCACAUCCGAAAUCGAAUUCAGAUUCGUUUUUAAUUCACAACAAAUAAAUAAAAAACAAAUAAAUUUAAAAAAAAAAGAAGGCAAACACAAUUUCAAUUUAAAGUGCUCUGUGAAUAUUUAAAAUAACUUGAAAAUUCAAAAAAUUAUAAGUGAUAACUGCUAUAAAUGAAAUUAUAAAUUAAAAAUAAAACAACAAAAAACUACAAUCAGCCUGGCACCUCGCACAUUUUUGGAUUUAUGAAAUCGAAAAGAUGAAAUCGAACACUUACGAGCUGCACAACUACGCCGAACUCGACAUGGAACUGGACAGCUCUGAUCAAUCGAUGCCAACGGGAGUCAAGGAGACGCGCAAACGCAAAGCCAACAAUGCAACUGGUUGUCGACGUGGCGAGAAGUAUUCGUUGCGUCAGAAGCGACAGAAACGCAUUCCUGGUGAGUUGGCCGCAACAACAACGUUGCCAACUGAGCUGCCUGUCACACAACUGGCCACGGAGUUGGAGGCGACAAUGGUGACGGCGACGCCAGUCAAAGCCGCUGCCAAGGCCAAGAACGCGGCCAAAACGAAAGCGCCGCCAUUGAGCAAGUAUCGCCGAAAGACGGCAAAUGCCAGAGAGCGCACACGCAUGCGUGAGAUCAACAUGGCCUUUGAGCAGCUGCGUCAUUGUGUGCCGCAGUCAAUAACCGGCGAGGAUGCGGCCAACACCAACGAGAAGCUGACCAAGAUCACCACCCUGCGGCUGGCCAUGAAGUACAUUGGCAUGCUCAGCGAAUCGCUGCAGGAUCCCAGCUACGAGAGUGAGUUCCUUGUCGAGUGUUUGCGUGAGAGCGCCAAUCGUGAGGCGCAUAUCAGUCUCGAUAGCGAUGUUGAUGGUGAAGGCGAUGCUGAGCCAAUGUAUGAGAUGGAGUUGGAGCCACUGCCGCCAGCUAAGACCAAGAAGCCAACGAAGGCGAGCAAUAAAAAAGACGCCAACGAAGCGACAGAGCAAACAGGCAAAACAGCAACCACAACAAUAGCAACAACGGCAAGCAGUUCUCCAGAGUCGUGUUAUGCCUCCUCCUCGUUGGGUUCGCCAGCAUUCUGUGCCGCCGCCUGCUCGCCCAGCUCAGCUUAUGCCUCGCUCUCCUCCGCCGCCUCCACGAGCAGCAACAGCAGCCGCAGCAAUGUUGGCAACAUGGAUGCGGACAGUUUGCUGGGCAUGCGGCAUGAACAAGCACUAAGUGAGCUGAACACGUUGCUGCUGGAAUCCGACAGCGAUUCGCUGCACUGCCUCGAUCCCAGCUAUCAGAGUCUGUUGGCCACAGCCGAAUCCUUGUUGCCUGCUCGCGGUGAUUUGCCCAUUUCGAUGCAUUCGUCGCUGGACAAACCUGAUGUGGAGUUGAGUUUGCGUCUGCUGGAUCAUUCGAGGGAUUCCUUUGACUUUGGCAGCGAUCAGCAGCCAUCAACGUGCAUCAGUCCUCUGGCCACAUUGGAUAGUUUUCAUCCGUUUGCCGAUUUGUUGCAUGGCGAGUUUCCGGACAUAUUUCUGGCGUGACUGAGCG